AUGCCCAGCGACCGCAAGAAGAAGAAGGCGGCGGCGUCGCGCGCCAAGGCGCAGGCCCGUGACGGCCCCGCACCCUCCGACGACAAGUCGACCGCAUCGGCGGAGGCGGCCGUCAACGGGGGCGUCGGAGGGGCGGGCACCGCCGCCGAGGACGGGGCCGGCGCGCCCGGCCUGUCGGAUCGCGUGUGCACGGGCGUGCUGGCGUCCCACCCGGAGUCGCGGGACCUGCACGUGGACAGCCUGACUGUGCUGUUCCACGGCGCGGAGCUGCUGUCCGACGCGAAAUUGGAAUUGAAUUAUGGCAGGCGCUACGGCCUGCUGGGCCCCAACGGCUGCGGCAAGUCGACCCUCCUGGCCGCCAUAGCGGCGCGUGAGGUGCCCUCGCCGUCGCACAUCGACAUGUUCUACCUGGACCGGGAGGCGGAGGCCAGCGACCUGUCUGCCCUGGAGAUGGUCAUGAGCGUCGAUGAUGAAAGGGUGAGGCUGGAGAAGGAAGCUGAGCACUUGGCGACGCUGGAUAUGAGUCCGGAUAUCGAGCAGAGGAUGCACGACGUGUAUGACAGAUUGGAUAUGCUGGACAGUGAUAAAACAGAGUCGAGGGCGGCAUCCAUCUUGCACGGGUUGGGGUUCUCAAGAGAGAUGCAAGCAAAGAAGACCAAAGAGUUCUCCGGUGGCUGGAGGAUGCGUAUUGCCCUUGCACGUGCCUUGUUCGUCGACCCCACCUUCCUUCUCCUAGAUGAGCCCACAAACCACUUGGACCUUGAGGCCUGCGUGUGGCUCGAAGACCACCUAAAGAAGUUUAACAGGAUCUUGUUGCUCGUCUCCCACUCUCAGGAUUUCUUGAAUGGGGUGUGCACCAACAUCAUCCACAUGACCAAAAAGAAGCUGAACUCAUAUGUGGGGAACUACGACGCCUAUGUACAGACAAGAAAAGAGCUCGAGGAGAACCAGAUGAAACAGUACAAAUGGGAACAGGACCAGAUUAGCCACAUGAAGGAGUACAUCGCCAGGUUUGGUCAUGGCAGUGCCAAGCUGGCUAGGCAGGCCCAAAGUAAGGAAAAGACCCUUGCCAAGAUGGUCCAAGGGGGGCUCACGGAGAAGGUGACGACAGACAAGGUUGUGAAGCUUACCUUUGAAAAUGUGGGGAAGCUGCCCUUGCCAGUGCUUCAAUUUGCCGACGUGACGUUCGGGUACUCCAAGGACAAGAUCCUGUACAGAAAUGUGGACUUUGGAGUCGAUCUUGACUCCAGGGUAGCAAUAGUGGGACCAAAUGGCGCUGGCAAGUCCACACUUCUGAAGCUUAUGGUUGGCACCCUGGAACCUCUUGAUGGCAUGGUGAAGAGAAACAACCACUUGAAGAUAGGGCAGUACCAUCAGCAUUUGGCUGAGCUGCUGACUCCGGAACUGUCUCCACUUGAGUACAUGAUGAAGGAAUAUCCAGGAAAUUCACUGGAAAAGAUGCGGUCAGUGGUCGGGCGUUUUGGGCUGACGGGUAGCACUCAGACCCAUCCAAUCAAGCAGCUCUCAGAUGGACUGAAGAGUCGCCUUGUGUUUGGGUGGCUUGCGAUGCGCAAGCCACACAUAUUGCUUCUAGACGAGCCCACCAACCACUUGGACAUUGAAUCGAUCGACUCGCUCGCAAGGGCCAUCAAUGAGUGGGACGGCGGCAUGGUGCUUGUGAGCCACGACUUCCGCUUGAUUUCGCAAGUGGCAACUGAAAUAUGGGAGGUCGCCAGCGGGGCCGUCAAAAAAUGGGACGGCGACAUCAUCUCGUAUAAGCUGCACCUGAAAAAGAAGCAGGACAAACAGAGGCGUGAAUGA